GGCCAGCCCUGGGGACGUGAUGAAGAUCCCUAGAGCCCUUGCGCAGAGCACUGGAUAGCAUGGCCGUGGGCCCUGCCUUGUGGCUGAGCCCUCUGCUCCUGGUUUCCCUCUGCGGGUCCUCAGCUCCAGCUUCUCUUCUUAGGCGCCUCGGUGCACACGUUCGGCGAGUUCAGGAGAGCUCUGUCCUGAGACUAAGCCUGGACCCAGGGACCACAACCCUCCCUAAAGAGGGGUGGCUGGAGCAGCCGCUGGACCCCUUCAACGCAUCCGACAGGAGGUCCUUCCUACAGCGGUACUGGAUAAACGACCAGCACUGGGCCGGCCAGGAUGGACCCAUAUUCCUGCAUCUUGGGGGCGAGGGCAGCCUUGGGCCGGGCUCAGUGAUGAGAGGGCACCCUGCAGCCCUAGCCCCAGCCUUGGGGGCCCUGGUGCUAGGCCUGGAACACAGAUUUUAUGGUCUGAGUAUACCUGCUGGGGGCCUGAGCAUGACCCAACUCCGAUUCUUGUCCAGCCGCCAUGCGCUGGCCGACGUGGCCUCCGCCCGCCUGGCGCUCUCCCGCCUCCUCAACGUCUCCGCCUCCAGCCCCUGGGUCUGCUUCGGAGGCUCCUACGCCGGCUCCCUGGCCGCCUGGGCGCGGCUGAAGUUCCCGCAUCUCCUCUUCGCCGCGGUCGCCUCCUCGGCCCCGGUGCGGGCCGUGCUGGACUUCUCCGCGUACAACGAGGUGGUGUCUCGGAGCCUCACGAGCGCGGCCGUCGGCGGGUCCCCGGAAUGCCGCGCUGCGGUGUCCGCCGCCUUCGCGGAGGUGGGGCGCCGGCUGCGCGCGGGAGGGGCGGCCCGGAAGGCACUGAGGGCGGAGCUGGGAGCUUGCACGCCCCUGGGCCGCCCAGAGGACCGGGAGGAACUGCUGGAGGCUCUACAGGCUCUGGUGGGAGGUGCAGUGCAGUAUGACGGGCAGACGGGGGCGCCGCUGAGCGUGCGACAGCUCUGUGGACUCCUCCUCGAGGGCAAGGGCAACGGCAGCCACCUGGCGCCUUACCGCGGGCUGCGUCGGGCUGUGCAGGUUGUCCUACACAGCCUGGGCCAGAGGUGUUUAAGCGUUUCCCGAGCAGAGACCUUGGCCCAGCUGAGGGUCACAGAACCCCAAGUGUCCCGCGUGGGUGACCGCCAGUGGUUGUACCAGACAUGUACUGAGUUUGGCUUCUAUGUCACCUGUCAAGGCCCUAGAUGCCCUUUCUCCCAGCUCCCAGCACUGCCCUCCCAGCUAGAGCUGUGUGAGAAGGUGUUCGGGCUUUCAACCUCAUCCAUGGUCCAGGCUGUGACCCAGACCAACUCCUACUAUGGUGGCCAGACACCAGGGGCCACCCAGGUGCUGUUCGUUAAUGGGGAUGCAGACCCCUGGCAUGUGCUCAGUGUAACACAGGCCUUGGGACCCUCAGUGUCAGCCCUCCUCAUCCCUAGUGCCUCUCACUGCUCGGACAUGGCACCUGAGAGCCCCUCAGACACCCCCAGCCUCCGCCAAGGGCGCCAGAGCAUCUUUCAGCAGCUGCAGACUUGGCUCAGGCUGGCCAAAAGGAGCCCUCUUAGGGGUGGGCUCUGAGUCCCACACCCUCACGAUUCCCUGCGUGGCACUCCCAGACCAGGACAUAUUUGUUCACUGGACAGAAGAAAGCAGCUGGCUUAGAAAGAGGAAUUCCCAGGAAUUGGGAUUCAGCCCCUGUUCUGCAUAUAACUGAGUUGUGUCUGCAACCACCCUCACUCCCAACUAAACCUGCUUUAUUUCAGAUAGCAUUCUGUAAAUAUAAGUGGAUGAUUAUUCUCAUUGUGAAUGUUGGUAUUUUAAAGUCAAAUGUCAGAAAUGUCACUCUAUAUGGUGGUGCCCUCCCUCUGCUGAUUGGCUCCAAUUCUGCUCAGCUCCCUGGCUGGCUGCCUUGUGCGUGUCUCUCUCUGGACCUCAGGCUCUGCCCUGUCUGCUUCCCACCCUCCUCCCACUGUGCCCCUCUUCCUUAGUCACUUCCUCUCUGUCUUGUCUGUCUCUGUUUGUCUCAGUCUCCUCCUGUUGCCCAAGCACCUUCAUUUCUCUGUGUGUCUUAGUCUGUUUCUCUGUUUAUUUCUCUCUGUGCCUCUCUCAGUGUGUCUCUGCUAUCCUCCUCUCUCUCCUGCUCUGUCCUGGUUAUCUCCAUUACUCAGUUUCUAUGUCUCACUUUGGUCUCUGUGUCGCUUUCUUUUUCUAUCUCUGCCUCUGUUUCCCUCCCUCAGACGUUCCCUGUUCUCCUUCACUGUCUUCCAAGUCUUUCUGUCUUCUGAGGCUCUCUCUGUUUCUGUCUUAUGCUCAUCCCCACCGCCUGUAUUGUUCUUCCCGUCACUUAAUAUUUGUCCUUCUCUGUCUGUCUCUCUUUUAGUCCUACUCCUAAACCUGUCACUCACCAACUUUUUCCAAAAUCAAAUGUCAUUCUCUGACUCUUCCAGCUUCUAACGCUAGGGAUUUAGGGCUCUGGUGAAACCUUCCAGAUGGUGACACCCUGGGGUUCGGGGAGGAUGGGCCUGAACCCAAGGGUCCUCUUAGCCUGGCUCAGCCAGGCACCAGUUCCCCACCGUGAGCAGCAGCCAACAGGUCACAAGUCAGAGAGCUGGUAAGUAGGGCCCACAGAACAGCAAGUCAGGAACAUGGAGCUGGUGAGAGAAGCCCUGAUGCCUGUUCCCCUGUGAGGAAGUCAUUCUCUGCCUUUUGUGACUCCAAACCCUGAGGGGCAGCUAUUUUUUAUUCUAAAGCCGAGUCUCAGUGCCUCCAUUGAUGUACUCACCAUGUCCACUGUAGUCUGACACACCACGGUCCUCGGUGCCUGCUGAGAAGUGAAAGGAUGAGCUCUAACCUCAACUCUUGACAUAUCCUUCAUCUCCUUCUUGCUUGCUGGGUGCAUUUUUUCUCGAUGUCCUUUGCAAACUUCUUUUCCACUUAAUAUCUGAUGGGCAUGUGUUUGGUGUGGGCUGCUUUCUCUUGUCAAGCAUUCUCAGAACUUCAGCACUUGGGGAAAAAAUUAACCUCAUACCCAUCUCACACCAAACCCCAAAACUGAUACAAGAGGGAUCAUAGAUCUAAAUC